ACAUUUAGCUGUGUGGUUAAUAACACACUUUUCAGUGGUGUGACAAACACAUUUACGGACUUGAAAGGUUUACAUUACAGUGUGCGCUAGCGCGGAGCUGAGAACCGCUCAGAUCUCUCUCUCUCUCUCUCUCUCUCUCUCUCUCUCUCUCUCUCUCUCAUCCCCCUCCCACCACAGAUCCGGGAGCAGAGUCACACAGACACACGAUGGCGACAGUGACCGACUCGCGUUUGCAGCCGUCACAGAAAGACGCGGCCGACCAAAACUUCGACUACAUGUUCAAACUCCUCAUCAUCGGCAACAGCAGCGUCGGUAAAACCAGCUUUCUGUUUCGCUACGCGGACGAUACGUUCACCUCGGCCUUCGUCAGCACAGUGGGCAUCGACUUUAAAGUUAAAACAGUUUUUCGCAACAACAAGAGGAUCAAGCUUCAAAUCUGGGACACGGCCGGGCAAGAGCGUUACAGAACCAUCACUACAGCGUACUACAGAGGAGCCAUGGGUUUCCUGCUGAUGUAUGACAUCGCAAACCAGGACUCUUUCAGUGCUGUCCAGGACUGGGCCACCCAGAUCAGGACAUACUCUUGGGAUAACGCGCAGGUAAUUCUGGUGGGCAACAAAUGUGACCUUGAAGACGACAGACUCGUACCGACUGAAGAUGGACAGAGGCUGGCUGAUGACCUCGGUUUCCAGUUUUUUGAGGCCAGCGCCAAGGACAACAUCAACGUGAAGCAGGUUUUUGAACGCUUGGUAGACGUGAUCUGUGAGAAGAUGAAUGAAAGUUUGGAUAGAGAGGUUUCAGCAUCUAACAACAAAGACUCAAGUCUGCAGGAUGCGUCCUCACAGGAACACAGUGGCUGCGCCUGCUAAAAACACUCACCAUACAGAGAACUACACUUCAUCACUGCUAUAUGGAAACAUCUUUGCUAUUUCACUUUAACUUGAACAGUACACGCUCGGAGAGAUCGCUCCAGGUCCUACAGCAGUCAGUACAGGUAUGAAGAACGCUAAACUACAGACGCUCCUCAAAAGUCAUAAACUGUGACGUUGCUUUAAAAAGCGGAGAUGUUAUGGAUUGGAUAAAUGGAUCUUGUGGCACUGACACACUAACAUUGACGCACACACACUCAGAGACGACUGAAGAAAUGAAUUAAUAUUUCAUUGUUCCUGACAAGUAGGCUUGUUUAAAGAUAAAGGUGCUGGUCUCCAAUAGUCUGAUCUUUCUUAAAGGGUCUUUGUGGUUUUAGUUCAUCUUAUCAUCACCUCACUCGUAACGUCCUCGGCAGUCAGCUACUGUAUUGUCCAUCACAUGUCUAUCUAGGUCACAUGUCUAUCUAUCUAGGUCCGUCACAUGUCUAUCUGCUUUAAAGGACAGAGCUAACAGUGAGUUUGGUGGCACUAUUGUCUUAAACACACACAUGCACGAUAUAAAGUUUAUUAUUUUAUAUUAUUUCACAGGUCAUUAUUUGAACACUGUUAGAAAGAAUGGUCAAAAUAUGUGCCCCAGUGACACCUUUUAAAAAGGUCCCUUUGAAAAUGUAUGUAGACGUUUGGCAUUUUUCGUAAGGGCACUGCCCCAGUGACAGCUGGAGGACAUAUUUUAACCAUUAACUCUUUCUGAACUUAAAUCAUUGUGCCUUAUUUAUAAAACACAAGUUAAAAACCCGGUGGAAAAAAGCAUUCUUAUAUAAUUGAGCAAUUUAUUAAUAAACUCUUGUGCUUUUGGUUGCGUUUUACACAGAAAUGAGGCGCAUUGUGUGACUUAUUACUGCACUGUAAAAAAAUACCUGUUGCACUUAAACUUUUAAGUUUAGUUAACUUGAAUUUACAAUCAAGACUUUGACUAGUGAGGAGUUUUUAUAAAUGAUAAAAAAUGAAUUUAAAUUAGCUUAAGUUAUUUCAACUUGAUUUUUAUCAUUUAUAGAAACUCCUCACUAGUCAAUAAAGUUGAAAUAAUUGUAAUUUCAAGUUGAUUAAAACUUAAAAAUGUAAGUCUAACAAGGAAUGUUUAAAGUGUGUACGGCUUUGCCAGUAUCUGCACUGUAAAAAAAAGUUUCAACCUAAAAAAGCAAGAUCAUACUGUCUUUAAAUUUUGAGUUAAUUCAACUUAAAAAUAUUAGUUGACUAUUUUUAUUUAACUUUAAUUCACUUUCUACAGUCUUAAAGGUUGAGAUGUUAUGGAUUUAUAUCUGACUGUGGCUUGUCAAGUCUAUUUCAGCACUGGAUAUUUCAAAAGUUCACAGAUGGUUUGGUCUUUCACAUAAUGACAGUUUAGUCUCCUAUCAUCUUUUACACUCAGUUUCAUUUGUGGAAGUACCUCUCAUGUACAGUAUGAAAUGUAUGAAGAUUUUGUAUAAUAAAAUAUCGAAACGGUUUAAAAUUGA